GCGUUCUGACGAUUGGACGUAGGGGCGUCGCGACGCAGACACCGAAUCGACGACGCGAUCGACGAUACUGACGAACUCGACACGAAGUUUUCGUUGGUGACUUUUCGCGCGUUUUCCUAAUAGUGACUUGCUAGAGUGCUCAGCGUCGUUCGAGGGGUGAAAAGGGACAUCUGCGGGGCUAGGAACGGCGGGGUAGCGGCAAACAUGAGCCACCACACAGAAAAAGUCGGAUACUCAUUGUUCCGAUUUUUAUCCGAGUCAAAGAGCGUUUUCGAGGGGUUUUUCAUCUAAUAAUUUCCAUAUCACAUGGAUGGAUAUUUUGGAACUUAACAAGAUCAACGUAGUGGCUCAGAAGGUUAAGGCAACACAAAAACAAGCCGCGAAAAUGAAGAUGAGUAAGGUUGGCAACCAGACCAAUUCCCAAGACCCCCAAGCGGUCAAUUCCAGAGUGUUCGUGGGUAACCUGAACACUUUCCAGUGCUCCAAAACAGAUGUCGAAAGGAUGUUUCAACGAUAUGGAAGACUGGCUGGAAUUUCCAUGCACAAGGGCUACGCCUUCGUACAGUUCACAAACCCCUUCGAUGCCAGGAGCGCAUGUUUAGGAGAAGAUGGGAGAACAGUACUUAGCCAAAUUUUGGAUGUAAAUAUGGUAGCGGAGCCAAAACCACACCAGACAGGAAGGAAACGACAAAACGUGGCAAAAACGGGCAACGAUUGGGAUUACUACUAUGACAGUUAUUAUGCAUCUACUGCCUUCCCUGUGGGCCCCACACGACUAGUACCACCAAUCAAGCGGCAGCGACUGAUGACUACAGCUCGUAACGGCAAGACUAGUCAAUCCCAGAAAUGUACCGCAAUACCGCCCCUGGAUCAGCUUAAAGUAUACAGUAAUCAAGAUAUAUUGAUUUGCGGAAAUUGUCGCGAGAUGUUUUCCGAGUUACACGAUCUUCUGGAACACAAAAAAUCCUACUGCAAACUGAGGUUUACGUGCAAGUGUGACAGUAGUAAAUCCAAAUCACUUCUAGACGAGCAUUCGACGGCUUCCCUUCUAUGUGUUCAAUGUAAAGACGCCUUUCAGAACGCAUGGGACCUUAUGGUGCACGCGCAAGCCGCCCACAUGGUAAAUAUAUACGAAUUAGGAGUACCAUCCAUGAGGAAUUGUUCUUCUCCACCCAUAUCGCCUAGAGAUAACAACACACCGGAUAAGGACAAAUCGACCACAGUUUUAGAGGAUGACACUGACGGUGAUGUCGGAGAGAACGACUUUUUAGAAAAUGGACGGGAUGCCUUAACCGGAACGCCAGACUCAGCAAACUCACGCAACGAUAAGGAAUUAGAAGAGCUCAUGGACGUAGAACACCAUCAGGCUGCAACUGCCAAAACCUGCAUCAUGCAUGCCUUAAGCGUGGUGAGCACCCCAGCAUCUCAACCAGGUUCGUCACCGCCGCCGCUGGCCGCUGUGGCACCGCAUACAGAAAAUAGCGAUCCAUGGAAGCCCCAGACCAGUCUUAGUCCCAAGUUGGAACGCGAAGCUUACUAGAGAUGUUGCCUAACCUGAAAUUGACAGGUUGACGUAUAGUUUAAUUGGCAGAGCCUUCCUUGAGAUAAUAUGAAUUUUUUUUAUUGUGAUCGUGCAGAUUUUUUGAAUUGAAAACUGCUAACAAAAGAUUAAUGUUGUUAUUGAGUUAGAAUGCACCGAGUAUCUGUGAAAACUAAAGUUAUCCUUUCAAAUUUGGUUAGUAGGGUCUUUGUUACAACUUUUUCUUCUGUCGAUAACAUUUGUUUUGUUUUGCUUAGGUUUCAUUGAUCGUUGCUUGUUUACAUACACAUAAUACGCCACAAAACGAUCCCUCACUAAUUAGGCAAAACAAAACAAAAUUGUGUUAAUAAUGCCUCUCAUUAUGACGAACUAACGUAAUAAUCAUUUGUUGAUAUCAGUUUCUAUUAUAUCAAAAUUAUUAGCGGAAAUCAAGCAAAAAAAAAAUAUCGUAACUAGAAUAUAAAAUGAUUAUUUUGUAAAAUAUAGUAUAAAUAACUAAAUUAUGAACAAAUCGAUAGAAAUUAAUUAAGUUGGUUUAUUGUUGCCGUACGUUGAACAAUUUCUAUUUAGUACGUUAACAUGAUGUAAUAUUUGGUACUAAUGUAUAUAUUGUGUGUAAAUUAAUAAAAAAACAAUUUGACAUAUCAUAAACAUAUAUAGAAACAAAAACAAAUCAUAUUUAGGUUUACAAAUUAUAGUAACUUUUAAGAAAAUACGUUUCUUAUAUAAACUUGAUUAGUGUCGAGAGAGCAUUAGCUGUAUCGAACAAAUUGCGUAGUGUUUAGGGCCAUUAGAGAAAUUUUAAAUUAAUAACUAUUUUACGAAGGGUACCUUGCAACUGCCACGUUCUGCUUUUAACGAAAUAUUAAAUGCAUACCCAGUUAAUCGGCGUAGCGAAUUUCGUUAAAGCCCUAAUUGGCAGUAACAUGAUACAAAUUGUAGUGUGCUAACAGAUCUCUAGGAAAUAUGCUUACAAGACCAAACAUUUUACACAUUAUUACGAUUAUUAACCACAAACAAUUAAACUUGAUUUAUUUCAACAUCGCGCUUGACUAUAACUAACAAUGUUUUGCAUAUAAUUUUCAGUUUACCUAUUGGAAAAGGUGUACAGUUUUUAAUUGUCCUCAAAUUUUAUGCGCAAAAGGGGUCUAGUUAAAAAUUGUCAUCUUUCUGUCAACCAACCAAAAAUAUUUCUUAUAGAUCCCAGUUGUGUGAAGUGGCAUUUUACAAAAUCUGUGUUAAAGUGCUAAAUGCUUUUUUUUCAAAACUUAUUGAAACAAAGUGCAGUAUUUUUUUAUACUGUGUGAUUCUGGAAAGUCCACGACCGGUUUGGCUUUUUGUGUCUGUUAAAGAGGUAGAUUAUUUUCAUUUGAAGCAAUUAUUUUCCAGCACAUCAUAAAAAGCUUAAGUUUCACGGUAUUUGCCGCUCUUUACUUUUAAUAUAUGUGUAACUAUUAUCAUGUAGUAGAUAUCUAUAAAUAAAUGU